GUACCCCCUGUAGCUUAUGAUAGUAUAUGUUUGAUGUGAAAAUCAUCCUCGUCUUUAUUUUAGAGAGACUGUAGCGAGUUAUCCAUAUUAGAAAGAGCAAAUGACGCUUAGGUGACAGAAGACAAUGCAUUACGACGAUCUUCUCGUGAUACUUGGAGAGUUUGGGGCCUACCAGAAACGCCAGUACCUCUUAAUUUGCCUGGUUACGAUAUCGACUACCCUGCAGACGUUAAGCAUCGUUUUCUACGGCGCCGUACCGGAACAUCACUGCAAGGUACCAGACGCUUACGUUGACUACCUGAACGUGAACUAUGGCAAUGUGACACAGGACGAAUUGUUAAACCUCACAAUACCGUGGAUACAAGACGAUGAUGGGACACUUCACCGAAGUAGUUGCAACAUAUAUGACUACGAGAAGUGGACUGAAAAUCUAGAAGUCGGAAGUGGUGCUCACUUUGUUAAUAAUGCUACUAAGGAUGAAAGUAAUAUAACUCCAGGAUUGGUGAAGGGAAAUAUGAGUGAAGUAGCCUGUCCCGAAGGACGAGUGUACAGCCAAGAGGUAUUCACAGCAACCAUUGUGUCUGAUUUUGACUUAACAUGUGAGAAUAAAGUGUUUCUAAGCACGUGCAAGUCGAUAUUCUUCGUGGGAAAACUUGCCGGUGCCAUUCUCUCUGGGAUCAUAUCUGACAGGUUUGGGAGGAGGCCUACUUUCCUGUUCUCUGUCUGUCUUCAAACCUUGUCCGGGACCUUGGUUAUGUUGUCCCCGAACAUCUUCGUAUACACGGUCAUUUAUGGCAUUCAAGGGAUCUUUGAGGGAUCUGUAUUUUUGACAUCUUACACAAUAGGAAUGGAAUUUGUUGGCAAAAGUAAAAGAAAACUAGCAGGAUUUGGCAAUAUGGCAACUUUUAGCAUGGGAUACUGCGUACUCUCCCUGUACGCAUAUUUUGUGCGGGAUUGGCGAAACCUUGCCCUGACGGUUAGCCUCCCUGGUUUACUGUACUGUCUAUAUUACUUUCUUUUCCCGGAAUCGGUUCGCUGGCUCUUGGCGCAUGGUAGAAACCAAGAAGCAGAAGUUAUCAUCAACAAAGUGGCCAAAGUGAACAAAGUAGAACUUGAGCAGGGAAUCUUGGAGAAAUUAUUUGAGGAAAAGUCGGAAAUGCAGACCACACUUCACACGCCAAUAGACAUGUUUCGGACUUGGGAUAGGGCAAAGAUCACGUUGAACAUCAGCUUUAAUUGGGUUGUCAAUUCAAUAGUGUACUACGGCAUUGCCUUAAACACCCAAGGCCUAGGCGGGAAUAUCUAUCUCAAUUUUGCCCUACUAGGACUCGCUGAACUUCCGGGUUUUGCUUUUGCUUUGUUGCUAUUGGACAGAAUAGGGCGCCGCAAGAUGUCACUACUGUUGCUGACUAUUGCUGGGUGUGGAUGCAUUGUGUCUGGAGUUCUACCUGCAGAUCUUGAAUGGCUCAGUAUUACCUUUGCCUUAAUCGGUAAGGUGGGUAUAGGAGCAAGCUUUGCCGUCAUCUACCUCAUCACGGCCGAGACCUUCCCCACUGUCAUGAGGUAA